GCCGUAGCCGAGCGACAAAUCGUCAACACUCGGGUCAGACUCCGGCUGCUAAACGUUUAGCUCGGCUUCAGCUAACGUCAGCUCUGCUUGUGGGCUGUCCGACUGGCAUACAAACUGUUUGUUCAAGGUAGAGGAAGAUGCGGCUGAAAGAGAUUCAGAGGACUGCCCAGCAGGCGUGGAGUCCGGCCGGACACCAUCCCAUCUGCUUGGCGUUAGGGACGUCGGCGCAGCAACUCGACGCUUCGUUCAACACCACGUCGGCCUUGGAGAUAUUUGAACAGGAUUUUGCUGACCCGUCUCUAGACAUGAAGCUGAGAGGGUCACUGAGCACUACAAACAGGUUGCACAGUCUGGUGUGGGUCGAUUUUGGGAUGGGUGAGGAUGCCACUGGAGGGAGGCUGAUAGCAGGCAGCGAGAAUGGCACAUUAACAGUUUAUAACCCGGAGGCCAUCUUAAACUCCGGUGCUGAGGCCGUGGUCGGACAGUGCGAUAAGCACACAGGACCCGUGCGAGCACUUGACUUCAACCCUUUCCAGAGCAACCUCCUUGCAUCUGGAGCGAAUGAUUCCGAGAUAUAUAUUUGGGAUCUCAACAACUUCAGCAGUCCAAUGACACCGGGUACAAAAGCGCAGCCUGCAGAGGAUAUCAGUGUGGUGUCAUGGAACCGGCAAGUGCAGCAUAUCCUGGCUUCGGCCAACCCCAGCGGCAAAGCUGUCGUGUGGGACCUGAGAAAGAACGAGCCCAUCAUCAAGAUCAGCGACCACAGCAACCGGAUGCAUUGUUCCGGGAUGGUGUGGCACCCCGAAGUGGCCACUCAGUUGGUGCUGGCCUCCGAGGACGACCGCUUACCUGUCAUCCAGAUGUGGGACCUCCGUUUUGCCACUUCUCCUUUUAAAGUGCUUGAGAAUCACACACGUGGGAUUUUGUCCGUCUCCUGGAGCCAGGCGGACCCUGAGCUCCUCCUGAGCAGCGCUAAGGACAACCGCAUCCUCUGCUGGAAUCCAAACACUGCAGAAGUAAUCUACGAGCUUCCUACGACCAACCAGUGGUGUUUCGACGUCCAGUGGUGUCCCAGGAAUCCCGCCCUGCUUUCGGCAGCCUCCUUUGAUGGGAGAAUUACCGUUUAUUCUGUGAUGGGCGGAAGCUUGAAGGCUCAGCACCAAAGUACUGCUGAUAAGAUUUCGUCCUCAUUUGAUUCAAUGGAUCCCUUCGGUACAGGGCAGGUGCUCCCUCCCCUGCAGGUUCCUCAGCCGAAAGUGCAGGACACCAUAGUUUCACCUUUGAAGAAGCCGCCUAAGUGGGUGCGCAGGCCAGCGGGGGCCUCUUUUGCCUUUGGGGGCAAGCUGAUCACGUUUGAGAACCCCAAGAUGGCGCCCGUGCAGACUCCCCAGCCUGUCCCCAGGCAGGUGUUUAUCAGCCAGGUCACCACGGAAACGGAGUUCCUCCAGCGCUCCAGAGAGCUGCAGGUGGCACUGCAGUCUGGUUCUUUUAACAAUUACUGCCAGGCCAAAAUCCACAGCGCCAAGUCCGAGGCCGAGCAGGACAUAUGGAAGUUCCUUCUGGUGAAUUUUGAAGAGGAAGCGCGUAUCAAAUUCCUGCGACUUUUGGGUUUCAAUAAAGAUGACCUGGAGCAAAAGAUUUCUAAAUGCUUGGGUAAGAAUUUUCAACCCAAUGGACACGCCGUGGAUGCUGAGGACCUGGCUAAAAAAAUGCUGCAGCUCUCCACUGAGCGGUCCAAAGAAGCAGAAGGCGAUGUCAGGACGUCAGGCUCCGUUUCACCUGCCGACUUUUUCAGCCAGGAUCGACACGAAAUCUCCAACUUUCAGAUUCCCGUUUCAUGCGAUACGGACGGUUUGAUAAGCCAGGCGCUGCUGGUAGGCAACUUUGAGGGGGCGGUGGAUUUGUGUCUGAGCGACGGCCGCUACGCCGAAGCCAUCCUGCUUUCCAUCAGUGGUGGAGAGGAGCUGCUCAAGAAAACCCAGCACAAAUACCUGAGCAAGCAGAAAAACAGCAUCUCCAUGCUCAUAUCGUCAGUGGUGACACAGAACUGGAGUGACAUCGUGCAAAGCUGUGAGCUGGACAACUGGAAGGAAGCGCUUGCCGCUCUUCUGACCUACGCUCACCCCGAAGAAUUCGCCCAGCUGUGCGAUACCCUGGGAGGCCGCUUGGAGCGUGGGGGGACGGAGAAACGCUGCCUGCAGGCGUGCUUGUGUUACAUCUGCUCCGGAAACAUCGAGAGGCUUGUGGAGUGUUGGGCCUUGCACAGGGAUUGCUCAUCUCCUCUUGGCCUGGAGGAUCUGGUGGAAAAAGUCAUGAUGCUGCGCAAGUCCAUCGAGCGCCUCCGCAACAGCGAGGUGGCGGUGCAGAGCCCCGUCCUGGCUGAGAAACUGACAUGCUACGCCGGCAUCCUCGCUGCAGAGGGCAGCCUGGCCACGGCCAUGUCCUACCUGCCCGACAAUUCCGAUCAACCUGGAAUUUGCAUGUUGAGAAACAGACUGUUCCAUGCUCAGGGAGAGGUUACCAAUCCACAGCAACCUCCAAGCACAGCCAAGACUAUUGCUGCAUCUCGCACUUUUACACAGAAAGCACAAGUCAUGGAUCAGUAUCAAGCUCCUACUGCUGCUCAUCACCAGCAGCAUCAGCAGCCUCCCAUGCCGACAUCAGUGCUAUUCCAGCCUCAAGUUGCUCCAAGUAGCUCCGGCCCUGGCCUGCCCCCCUCUUCUCAUGUGCUGCCAUCCUCAACCAUGAGGCCCCCGUACCCACAGCAGCCAGCACCAGGUUUUCUUCCACAUCAGCCAUUCCAGUCGUCCCCCAUGGGCGGACCCACAGCCUUCUCCCCUCCAGGCCCCUCCAUGCCAGCAGCUAACUUGUCAGGGCCUCCGCUGCUGCACCCGUCGUCGGCCCCCGGGGGCCUUCCGGCCAUGCCCAGCCCCGGUGUACCGAUGACGAGCUUCAUGCCUUCUACCUCCAUGCCGGCGGGCCCCAUGCCAUCUAGCUCCCAGCCUGGAGCCCCCGUCCCCAUGUACCCCGGGGGGCUCCACAGCCAGGGGCCCAUGCCCCCCAUGACAAACGCUCCCUAUGCCCCUCUUGGAACAGGUUACCCACAAGGGGGCCCCGGCGCUCCUGCAGCAAAGCCCCUUGCAGCUUCAGCUGUGGCUCCUCCUUCUGCAGGAUUCUUUCCAUGGCUGAAUAUCGAGUCUGACCCUCAAGCAUCUCAAGAAGGUUGGAAUGAUCCACCAGCAGUACGAGGUGGACCCAGAAAAAAGAAGGUCCCGGACAACUACACUCCACCCGCCCCCAUCACCGCCCCUGUGAUGGGUUUCCCAGUGGAGGCCCCUCAGCCACACAACAACGCCCAGGUGCCCCCCGGAGCUCCCCAGGAGCCCAACAUGCAGCUCCUCCAGCAGUUCCCAGCAGAGCGAGUGGAGCAGAAGGAGAUCCCCGCCGAGCACAUGGUCCUCAAAUCCACCUUUGACAAUCUGGUGCAGCGCUGCCAGCUUGCAGCAGGAGACCCACAAACAAAAAGGAAGCUCGAUGACGCAGCCAAGCGUUUGGGAUGCCUGUACGACAAGCUGAGGGAGCAGUCGAUGGGCCAACCCCCACCCUCUGAAAUUUUGGACACAAGCACUGUAUUCAUCCAUCUAUCAGGGGUAAGUUACAAAAUAAUGUUACACAAUGUGUGCCCUCUUGCCUGCACCAAGGCCUCCCUCACAUUCCUCUCUGUCCUGUGCAAAACCAUGAAUGUCAUUUUUAGGUUUCUUACUUCGCUGGCAACCUGUAAAACACUUCUAAGUAGCCUAUUCAAAUCAAGUUUCUACAAAAAAAAUUAUUAAUAGUUUUGUGCUCAUCGUUUUUCAGCCUAAGAAAAACCCUUUUCACAAAAUUCCCAAUGGACACAAAUGACACACGCCUUGAAAAUAUUGUGAACUUUAGUUGUACUAGGUUCAUCUUGUUUUUUCUUUUUCAAUUACUUCUCUGGUUCUUCUAUAUCAAACAAAUUUGUUUUAGGUUCAUUUACCUGACAUGUUUCGGCGGAAUCUUCCGCCUUCAUCAGAGUGUCACUGAUGUGUUUGUGACGCGUCUUUAUCAGCUGAUGGAUGAAGGCGUGGCUCACCUGUCAGAUUUGACAGGUGAGUCACGCCCUCUGCUGUCAGUUCACCUCUCCAAAACACUGUUCCAGGUUGUAGAGAGCAUGUACUACGCAAUGAAGUUGCAGGGAUAUUAAAAACGGCUAAACCACCACCCAGUAAUAUUACAAAACAGGAAGCAAACGCAAUGAUCACACUAGCGAAAAAUAAAGACAUUACAAUCCUCCCGGCGGACAAAGGCAGAACAACAGUGAUUAUGGACACGGACACUUACGAAGAAUCAAUGCAACAGUUACUACAGGACGAUACCUAUGAAGUAAUAAAAAAAGACCCAACAGAAGACAAGAAAAAUAAACUCAAAGCAUUACUCAAACCACUACUCAUGGAAAAUAAAAUAGACAAACAGGCAUACAAUCACCUAAUACCCACAGCAAACAUCAUCCCCAGAAUCUAUGGCACACCAAAAAUCCAUAAACCAGGUACACCUCUCCGCCCCAUUGUAGACAGCAUAGGGUCAGUCACAUACAACCUUUCAAAAGCACUCAUAGAAAUAAUAAAACCACUAUUAGGACACACGGAUCAACACUGCAAAAACUCAAGACAGCUUGCCACGGAACUCACACACAUAAAAGUACAGAAAGAUGAAAUGCUCAUAUCACACGACGUCAUUUCACUCUUCACAAAAACGCCCACACAACCUACCAUACGCAUAGUACAUGACAGACUAUCAACAGACAAGACACUCAAGAAACGGACAAAUCUAACAGCACAAGACAUCACCCAACUACUUCAUUUCAUCGCUACCUCCACAUACUUUCAAUACAGAAACACAAUAUACAGGCAAAAAGAGGGAUUCCCCAUGGGAGACCCACUUUCUGCCAUCAUGUGCAAUUUUUUUAUGGAAGAUUUAGAACAGAAGGCACUCUUAACAGCCCCGGACACAUACAAACCCACUCUAUGGAAACGUUACGUCGACGACAUUCUGGAAAAAGUAAAAACAGGACAUACACAACACCUCACAGACCAUCUCAACACCAUAGACACCACGGGUAACAUCAAAUUCACCCAUGAAGAGGAAACAGCUCGAUCCAUAGCCUUUUUAGACAUUAACAUACACCACACAGACAAUGGUGACAUAAGAACAAAAGUACACAGAAAACCCACACACACCGACCAAUACCUCCUCUGGACAUCAGAACAUCCCACUAUACACAAACUGUCAGUAGUCAGAACACUAUACGAACGUACAACAAUAAUCACAGAUCCGGACGACAUAACACAGGAAGAAAAAUACAUACAACACGCACUCAAAAAAUGUCAGUAUCCACAAUGGGCAAUAACCAAAGGUGCAGAACAGGUAAAAAACAAAAAAUACAAAACACAGGAGCAAAGAAAGAAACAAACAAGGAAACAGGAACCCAGCGGAAUGGUGACGUUGCCGUAUGUGAGAGGAAUUACGGAACGCAUCAAAAGAACCAUGAAAAAAUACAACAUAAGCACACCUAUCAAACCACAUAUAACACUCCGUCAGAUACUGGUCCACCCAAAGGACAGAGUAAAUCCGGAAAAUAAAUGCAAUUCCAUAUACGAGAUUCCAUGCAAAUCAUGUAAUAAAUCAUACAUCGGGGAGACAGGGAGGAACUUCAUCACAAGAAAAAUGGAACACAAGAAGGAAUGUGAGAAGGAGACAGCAACAAGACAAACAAGAGCAAUAAAACUACAAGCAGAACAGGAACACUACAAGUCAGCCAUCACCGACCACUGUAAAAGGGAAAACCACAUCAUGGACUGGGAGAAGGCCAGAGUCAUCCGCACUGAAGAAAACAAACAUCAGCGUUGGAUCAGGGAGGCCAUUGAGAUCCGCAAGCGGGGCCCGAGGACCAUCAACAGGGACGAGGGAGCAUACAUGCUCUCUACAACCUGGAACAGUGUUUUGGAGAGGUGAACUGACAGCAGAGGGCGUGACUCACCUGUCAAAUCUGACAGGUGAGCCACGCCUUCAUCCAUCAGCUGAUAAAGACGCGUCACAAACACAUCAGUGACACUCUGAUGAAGGCGGAAGAUUCCGCCGAAACAUGUCAGGUAAAUGAACCUAAAACAAAUUUGUUUGAUAUAGAAGAACCAGAGAAGUUAUUGUGAACUUUAUUCCCAAAAUGAGCAGUUUGACAAAACAAUUCAAGAAUUCCAACCUUUCAGUGAUCUUUGUCACUUCUGGGACGAUGUAAAUUUGGGGCGGGAUCUGCUUGCGCAAUGUGUGGCAUCGCUAAACAGUUGGUACAUUCGUUCUGAGUGAUCCGGAGGGCAGAAUUUUGUAUGUGACCUUUGAUUAAUAGAAAUUUUCCCCCCUCCCCCAGAGUUAUACAAGUGCUACUUUUAAUUGCAGUGCCAACUAUGUCUAUGUAAACAUGGACUUUCAGUUUUGUGGGUUUUUUUUGUCGGGACAGAACGUGUAACCAUCAGGAAUGGAUUCAAGUCAUAAGGCAUUUGGUAGUUUCCUGACUUUUGUAAAAGGGGGGAACGGGAGGGAACAAACUAAACAAGCGCUCCAAUUCCAGAUAGAAGAUACGAAACAAGUUACAAAGGCUAGCGUUUAUCCAUUUCAG